AUGUUGUCAAUUGAGAGAAAGAGGACUGACAAGGUUGACUUUGUCAAGCCAUUGACAAAGUACAUCAAGGACCACUUUAGCAAGGAGGAGGCUUCCAAUCAUGAAUCACAGCUGAAUGCCUUGCAACAGUUGAGAGAGGAUGUACGCAAUCUUCAAGACAAGACAGAUACCUCUAAAGACUUGCUAUGGCGUUACUAUUCAAUCUUACAAUCUUUGGAACUUAGAUUCCCAAUCUCUGAGAGCAAUGUUAGGAUAUCAUUCUAUUGGACAGAUUCUUAUAAACAAAAGAAGUACUCAUUGUACUCUGUUUACUUUGAGAGAAGCUCUAUACUAUUCAACUAUGGCUCAUUGCUGUCACAGGUGGCUGCAUCAGUCAAUAGAUCAACGGUGGAUGGUAUCAAGAAGGCCUGUCAAACAUACCAGGCCGCUGCUGGUGCCUUCAACACAUUGCGAGAGUACGUCUCGAUGCACAGUGAAUGCUGUGCUUCGCCAGACUUUAGUGCCGACUCUCUCAACAUGGCCUCAGCCUUGAUGCUUGCCCAAGCUCAAGAGUGUGUCUAUGAGAAGGCUGUCGCUGACAAUCUCUCAGACUCUAUUCAAUCCAAGUUGGCCAUCCAAGUGGCUGAGGACUUUGACACUGUACAUCAGUUGACCAACACCAACACACUCAAGAACGUCGUAGAUAGAUAUUGGACAGCAUCAUGUUUGACAAAGGUCCACAUCUAUAGGGCAAUUGCAAACUACAAGGUGGCACUUGGAUUGGAGUCCACAUCACAGUUUGGAGAACAGGUUGCCCGUUUGACUUAUGCUGUGGAGUGCAUCAACACGACACGUCAACAUUUGCCAAAGACAGCAGUUGGUGAGUUGAAGGAGUUUGUCGACAAGAUCUCCAACAUCAUCAUCAAGUACUACGAGUCUGCCAAGAAGGACAACGAAACCAUCUACCACGACAUCGUUCCACCAUUCCACAAGUUGGUACCAAUCGAAAAGAAGGCCAUUGCCAAGGCAUCACCACUUCCCGACCUGAUCUCCAACGAUCCUUUCACUCUCCUCGUUCCAUUCUCUGUCAAGGAGGACUCUGCCAUGUACAAUGAUCAAAAGGAGCAGAUACUCAAGAAGGAGUUGGACAAUAUCAAGUACCAUGGAGAGAAUGCAAAGGCGACCCUUUUGUCAAUGAACCUUCCUGGUGCCAUUGAGGCUUUGGAGAUUGGUGUACCAAAGGCAUUGCAAGAGAAGAUGGACUUGGUAAAGUCAGAGAGAGGUGUGGAGAUGAUCACUGACUUGCUACGCUCAUUGCAGCAGUUGCACAAUGAGGACGAGUCAAUAUUGAACACAACUCAAUCUGUUCUGAACCGUGAGGAGGAGGAGGACACCAAGAUGAGCCAAACACAUGGCUCAACGUGGCGUCGCACCCCUUCCUACACACUCACCGCCAACCUCCGUCAGGACCUUGCCAAGUACCAGAGCAACCUCCAACACUCAACAAAGUCCGACUCACACAUCAGGAAGAAGUUUGAGGAUGCCAAGCAUCUGAUUGCUGCACUCGAGUCACAGAGCGAGGUGAUUGCACAACUACCAUCCAAUGUUAUUCCCCUCAACCAAGUUCCAGAGGUUGCCAACCUAAAGACUCUCAUCAAGAGUCUAGACUCGUUGAUUGCCAACCGUGAUUCAGUGGCAGAGAAAUUAAAACAACUCUGUAAGAAUGAUGACAUCACAACCAAGUUGAUCAAUCCCAAGGUGGAUAAGAAUCAAGUGUACAAAGAAGAGAUUGCCAAGUAUGAGCCACUGCAACAACAGUUGAACGAUAACUUUUUGAAGCAGGAGGCAUUGAUGGAGAACAUCUGUGCCGAGAACGAGAAGUUUGUCAAGACAAACUCUAAGCAUGGCAGUCAACGUGAAGAGACUUUGCAGAGAUUCGCCAACGCCUUCAAGACAUACAGCGAGCUGAAAUCAAACUUGGGCGAGGGCAUCCAGUUCUACACCAACUUCCAGGAGCUCCUGCUAAAGUUCAAGUCCAAGUGUGAAGACUUUGCCAAUGAGCGCGAGAAGGAAAAGUCUGAACUCCUACGUCAGAUAUCACAGACAGCUGCUGCCAACAACAACGGAUCCAAUCUUUACCAAUCACCACCAACAUCGUCAUACCAAAGCAAUAAUGGAGCCAUGCCACCACCUUACUCCCCAUCACCAUACCAGCCACAACCCUCCCAAUACCAGCCACAACAGGCACCCAUGUCCUAUGGUGCUCCUCCACCUUAUCCUGGCAAUGCACCCAUGUCCUAUGGUGCUCCACCAACCUACAACAAUGGAAGAUUCAUCCAGCCGCAGCAGCAACAGCAGCAACCAACAAACAACAAUAACAAUAGAUACUUUUAG